AUGGUCACAAGAAGCCCACGACUAACUGCUCCUCAAUUCUGGGAAGAUGAACUGGAAAAACUAACUCAGAUGUUUCUUGGAAACGGAUAUCCUGAAGAAGCAAUACAACACAACAUACGGAUGGUUAUGAACGGACGGAAGAGUGGAUAUUAUGAGAGGAAAUCAAGGGAGACAGAGAAAAAAGGAUGGACAUGUCUACCCUCCUGCGAAUUUACUCUGAAGAAGCGGCGGAUACUAUGGAAUUGGAACAUUCGUAUAACUCCGAAGGAUAGGACAACCCUCCUCACCAGCUUGUCCACACAACUUCAAGAAGUCAUCAAAAUGGAGUGCUCCGGAAUGUACCGCAUAAAACUGCAAGGACUUUAA